AUGGCAAAAUAUCAUUCAAAUACUACUACUACUACUACUACUACUACUACUACUACUACUACUACUACUACUACUACUACUACUACUACUACUACUACUACUACUACUACUACUACUACUACUACUACUACUACUACUACUACUACUACUACUACUACUACUACUACUACUACUACUACUACUACUACUACUACUACUACUACUACUACUACUACUACUACUACUACUACUACUACUACUACUACUACUACUACUACUACUACUACUACUACUACUACUACUACUACUACUACUACUACUACUACUACUACUACUACUACUACUACUACUACUACUACUACUACUACUACUACUACUACUACUACUACUACUACUACUACUACUACUACUACUACUACUACUACUACUACUACUACUACUACUACUACUACUACUACUACUACUACUACUACUACUACUACUACUACUACUACUACUACUACUACUACUACUACUACUACUACUACUACUACUACUACACUGAAAAUCUAUGAACGCCAUACUAACAAAUGGCAAUUCAGUCAAACAAUUAUGAAUAAAAUCGUUAUCACGACUGUUUUGACCUAA